GCUGGCGAUGAUAAAUUGAUGCUCCUCACUUCCCAUAUAUCUUCCAUUCAUUACCGAAACACAAAUUUACAUUAAGCAUAGUACAAAACAAUGAAGACCAAACUGCUAGCAUUUCUCCUCUUCUUUGCCUUGACUACAAAACCACUACUACUUGGAGCAGCUGGAGCUGCUCCAGAGCCAGUGAUUGAUACAUCAGGCAAGAAGCUGAGAGCUGAUGCAAAUUACCAUAUCAUCCCUGCAGUGCCCUUCACCAUAUGUGGCUUUGUUAGCUGUUUCACUGGUGGAGGCCUUUCACUAGACAGCAUAGAUGAAUCUUGCCCUCUUGAUGUAAUAAUUGAGAAAGCCAAUGAAGGCCUACCACUGAGAUUCUCACCAGUUAACACCAAAAAAGGUGUUAUUCGUGUCUCCACCGAUUUGAACAUUUUUUUCUCUGAUUCUGAUGAAAGGUGUCCACACCAUUCCACUGUGUGGAUGCUUGAUCAAUUUGAUGCCUCUAUUGGACAGACAUAUGUGACCACUGGUGGUGUUGUUGGAAACCCGGGUGAGCACACAAUUCUGAAUUGGUUCAAGAUUCAGAAGUAUGAGGAUGCUUAUAAGCUGGUCUAUUGCCCUAGGGUGUGCCCCUCUUGCCACCAUCUGUGCAAGGAUAUUGGAAUGUUUGUGGAUGCCAAUAGGAGAAUGCAUCUGGCUCUCAGUGAUGAUCCCUUCAAAAUUAAGUUCAAAGAAGCCUGAGAUCAAAGCUCUUUCAAAUGAUGGCAAAAUUAAAUGACAAUGCAUGAAUACGUGUGUUUAUAAUGAUCGAUCCUUGAAAUUAUAUUUCUUUGUGAAGAAUUAGUAAAUGAAUAAAAAAAUUAAGAGUGUAUGUUUUUGUCCUGCUGUUACAACUUUAAUUUCACUAUUAAAUAAUAAAUACAAUUUUUAAUAA